AAAGCACGAAUGAAAAACAUAUAGCAUACCAACUGAAAUGGGGGCUUCUCUAUCAGAGCUAGAGCAGCAGCACCAACAUCCUCAAACACAUCAUCAUUCACAGUCACAGCCACAACAAAAGCAUCACCAACCAAAUGAACCAACCAAAAAUAAGGAAGAACUACGAUUAUCUUCCACAAGGGAAAACUUGUUGCUGUCUCCUCAACAAAACAUAGAACCCUCCAGAAAGGGCCCAGCUGUAAAAGCCAAAUAUGAGACUCAAUCAGCACAACUAAGUUUUCCUCACAACUUUGAGCACAUAUUAAGGGAUGCAGACUCACCAGUUGAUAGAUCUUUCAAGGAAAAGAUGUUUGAUCGACUACAUGCUGGUGUGUUCUUGCAUGAUAAAACUAAGAAAUAUUGGGUUGAGAAGAAAACCAACGCCAACUGUUUUAUGUUGUAUGCAAGAGCACUAUCAAUCACUUGGGCAGAGAAUCCAAUUUACUGGAAAUGGAUACAGCAAAAAGAUGCAAGCGACGGGAUGAGUGAGGUAGCUGAACUGAAGAGAGUUUGUUGGCUAGAAGUGCAUGGAAAAUUUGACACUAGAAAGCUUUCACCAGGAAUUUUAUAUCAAGUUUCAUUUUAUGUAAUGUUGAAAGAUCCGGCUCAGGGUUGGGAACUUCCGAUAAAUGUGAGACUUGUUCUUCCAGGAGGAAAGAAGCAGCAACACAAGGUGAAUUUAAUGGAGAUGUUAAGGGGAAGGUGGAUAGAGGUUCCGGUUGGUGAGUUUGUAGCAUGUGAGAAAGAUGGUGGUGAGAUGGAGAUAUCUUUGUUUGAAUAUGAUGGUGGUAUGUGGAAGCAGGGGCUUGUCAUCAAAGGCAUUGCAAUCAAACCAAAAGAAUGAGGAAUAUAUAGUUAUGUUAUGUGGCAAUAAAGCUUAGUUUCUUUUGUAAUAAAUAAAACAGACAAAUCACCAUGAAUAGUCCUUUGGAUUGUUCAUAAUACUAUGCAUACUAUACUGCAGUGUGCCAUUGUCAGAGGAGGGGUGAUGGCUCUAUGUUUGACACACAUGGGACAUUUGUCUCUGGCAAAUUUCAUGAACUCAAUGUUUUACAUAAGCUACCCCAACUAGUAUCAUAAGUUUUUAGUGUUGCUCUAUAUAUUUCUAGUGUUUAUUUUCUAA